AUGGUUGCUAAAGAAGCUGUAGAUAGAUUUGAAGAAGAUAAAAAGGAUGUCUAUGUAUCAGAAAACAUACCGAAAAAUAGUUGUCGUGUUUGUGUGUCAUUUAAAAAAUGGAUGCAAAACCAAAAUAAUUCUUUAUAUGAUAAAGAAAAGACAUCGAAUCUAGAUAAUAUAGAUCUGACAAAUUGUCCUCCAGAUUCAGAGCUUUUAGGUAGAUCAACAUGGACGUUUCUUCAUACGAUGGCUGCAAAUUACCCUGAAUCCGCAACAGUAAAAGAACAAGUUGAAAUGCAAGAAUUUUUAAGAAUUUUUGCAAAACAUUACCCAUGUUUUUAUUGUGCUCAAGAUUUUCGUGAGUGGAUGAAUCGAAAAGAGAACCGAGCAAAAACGAAUGGUCGAGAAGAUUUAUCAUUGUGGAUUUGUCAAGCACAUAAUGAAGUUAAUAGAAAACUAGGUAAACCAAUAUUUGACUGUUCUAAAUGGAAAGAACGAUGGCGAGAAGGAUGGAAGGAUGGUAGUUGUGGAUGA